GAAACGACUUCGCAGACUGUAUAAUAGCACACCAGGCCCAUCUUUGAUUAAUUAAUCACGUUUCCUCCUCCUUCACCUCCUCCUCAUUUCUCCGACUCAGCCGUCAAACCCGAACGUGGAUUGCUGCUGUCUCACCGUUUCGCGAUUUAGUUUUUUCUGAGGGAGUAGAUCUUGAAAGAGGAAAAGAGAUGGAUUACACAGCACGGAGAAAUGGAGGAGGCGUGUUCGAAGGUCUCUACAAGUUGAUUAUGCGCCGUAACUCCAUCUACGUUACCUUCGUCAUCGCCGGCGCUUUUGCCGGUGAGCGGGCUGUGGAUUAUGGAGUUCGUAAACUAUGGGAGCACAACAAUGUUGGGAAACGUUACGAGGACAUUCCAGUUUUGGGGCAAAGGCCAUCAGAAUGAGUUUCUUAGUCUAGCCAUUUUGAAGUUCCAUAUUGAGGAUGCAAGCAUUUACGCUGCAGUAAGCAAUUUUAAUUGUUCCAAUAAAUCUAAUUUGUUCGGAUGCACCAUUGUUGUAUUCAACAAUGGUUUCCUUUGAUUCACUCUGGGAUUUGUUGACUGGGUACAAAUUGUGGAUGACUACAAUGAUUUGACUGGGAACAUGUGUUUUUGAGUCUGCUUGAAUUUCUAGUCAAGUCAUGUUCUGCUUUUUGCUAUAUACAAUGUUUUGUUGUGAA